AUGGCACUUCGUGCGAUGUUUCGAAAACUCGCCGAUUUGAAGCGUCUCUGGGGUGCUUCUAAAAUUGAUUGUUUGAUCUGGCUUGUGGCAUUUGUUUCAACAGUAGCGAUUGACGUUAUGCUGGGCCUUGCGAUAUCGAUCGUUUUCGCUUUAUUGACGAUCGUUUUUCGAUCACAAUGGCCUAGAUCCGAAACGCUUGCUCCAACAGGGGGCGGAGAAGAUUUUGAGAACUUGCAAAAAUAUAAAGCUCUCUCUCAAUAUCCGGAUAUUCAUAUAUUCCGAUUCGAUUCACCGUUAUUCUUCACGAAUGUUGAGAACUUCAAAGCUAAGAUCCUGAAGCAGAUGAAAAGCUGGAGUGACAGUGAUUCAGAUACUAAUGACUCGGUCUCAUUUCUAUUUUCAUACAACCAUCAGAAAUCAAUCGCUUUUCCCAUGGCCUACAAAAGUUUCUAUCACUAA